GCGACAUCUAUCUGAAGUUUAGUGUCAUCGCGGCUUUGAAUAGCGUUGGUUGUUGGUCGUGCGUGUUUUCCGAUACUAUUUUAUUGUUUGCACCUAUUGUGUAAGGGAAAAUGACACGGAAAAUUGCCCUACACUGCCAUAAUUCACCCUUACACAACCUCCAUCGUCCUUAGAAACCAGUUCCGCCUCUUUGGAUUUGCUGUGCACGCUCAAAAACUGGAUUUUAGUUAGAAAAAUAAUGCAUUUACUAGCCAGCCGCAGUAUUCUUUUCGGAUUGUCGCGGUUCUAGUAGUGUGGGAUCGAUUUUUUAUGUGUUAUUAAUAAAAAUUAAAAGGUGUUUGUGAUGGUGAUGCAGUUCGAAAACCAGUUUGCAAGAUUGGCGUUUAAUUUUGCGUUUAGAACGCACGCUGCCGUGUUGAGCUUAGAAUCGAUAUAAGUUAAUAAAAAAUGCAUAUUUUCCCCAUCGUUUCAUAAACGUUGGGUCAAUACACGCUGCCGGCUCGGUAUGCUGCAGAAGAAUAUCUAUUUGUUCGGGUGUAUCAAGUGAUUUUCGAUAAAUGAUAACCAUGGCUUUGUGACUGCAGUGCGUUUGUGUGUCAGUGAUGGUGAUAACAAAUGUACACACUCAUAUUCUGUACAGGGGAGUCUUCACAGUAUCAUAAAGAAGGCGUGCCGUCGACAAACGAAUGUGCGCUCAAAAUUAUGUGCAAACCACGUAUAAGAGAACUCUUGUGCUACAUUUGAAUAAGAAAAAACCAAUAUUAUGUGAUAAGCCGUGUGGCGGUGUGUAGUGUUAAUAAAAUUCAUUAAUUUCGUCCGCCAUAUUGUUUUACAAUGGCCGCCAUUUUGAAGAUUUGGCGCGCAACGGCCGGGGACGUUCUGCUACGGGUCUCCUUGCUGUUGAGUUUAGCAGUUUAUUCCACAUACGGCGGCUGCACGUUCCCGGCCGGCUGGACCGGCAGCUGGUUCCAGUCGGGGGCUCCGGGCCUCAUCGCCGUCAACACCACCCACAUACAGAGCAAGGGGGAAUGCAGUGAAGCGGAGUCUUAUGACAAGUUCCUGUUGUAUGAUCGGAGCGAUGACUGCUACAGAUGUAUGGUGAUUCAUGAAAAGCAUGAAAGUGUUCUUCAAUAUAAAGAAACGUUCUGUUCGUCAAAAGCGUCGCUGUCGUCGCUAUGCGACACGAUCAACGGCGACGCGGCGCUGAACUCUCUGUUCCGCAAGCUGCCGCCGCCGCCGCCGCAGCCGUGCCCGUUCCGCCCGCCGCCGUUCACGUUUACUUAUAACCGCGGCUACGGGGAGUGCAACUCGCCGCCGUCCCGCGCCGAGAGCUGCACGGACGACUCGCGCCUGCUGCUGCGCUACAUGGCGUGUCCCGACGUGCCGGGGACUGAGAGCAACGUGGAGGAGCUGGUGUGCCUGGCGACGUGGAAGGAGGGCUCCACGCGCUACCUGGUGGGGCAGGUGGCGCAGGUCAACAGGAGGAAUUCCAUAGCUUCUGAUGAGGACACUUACAGAUGCUUCGUGUACAAGGGCCAGCACAGCGAGAAGGGCAUGAUGUACUACAUCGCGCAGAGCGGGGACGCCACCUGCAACGGACUGUCCUCACCCACUGAUGGCAGCCGGACUAUGCGGCUUACUAACAGCGACGACGAGCACCACCGCUGCCACUUCCCCUCCUGGAUCGUGGAGCACCACAAGUGGUUCAGCUUGGACCACUCGCACCAGUACCACUUCACCACUAAAAACGCCACUCUCAAGAUUAUGAACGAGGACGGUUCUUCUGAAGAGAAGCGGCUGGUGUGCCACAGCAUCCUCGAGCAGAAGGACAAGAAGCACAUCAAGCUCGUCGCGCACGUCACCCGGGGCUGCGAGUCCGGCCACGUGUGUCUGGUGUUCCACCGGCGCGGCGCGCACGUGCUGGAGCUGGCGCAGGGCGCGGGCCUGUGGGACGCCCCCGAGGACGCCUGCGCCACCGCGCCGCUCGCGCCGGCAGUUACACUCACUACCACAUCGCUGCAGCCGACGCGGUGUCCCAUCUUCGGGCGCUACUCCAUCGUGAGCUCGCUGGCGGACCGGCGGCGGCGGCGGCAGCAGGAUAGCAUCGGCGACAACGACGGUCGUUCGGCCGCGUCGCCCGAGUGCGUGGCCGGGGUCUACGACUCAGUGAGUGUGGGCUGUGGCGCCCAACAAGACAGCCUGGAGUUCAAGUCACACUGCGCUAGCACCGUAUUCACAUGCUACGGCAGCUGGUCGGAGCGCGGCUUCGGCUUCCUGGUGGCGGCGCCCGUCGCGCGCGCCUCCUCGCAGCCCAGCAAGCACUGCUUCAUGUACACGCGGCACAACGACACGCGGGAGGGCGGUCAGAUCCUGUCUCUGAGCGCGGUGGCGCGCUCGUGCGACCGCUCCAUUAUCCCUGGAGUGACGGGCGACAAGGCCUACAACCUCACUAUUAACGGAACGUGCGAGCAAAGCAGCAAAUACAAUAGUUACGCCCCGCGCCCUCUCGCUCAAGCAUACACGCUGCUGACGUCACUGCUGGUUGCCAUGGCAACGCCGCUCGCUAGAAGGUGAUACGUUCGUGUAGCCACUAAUUAGAAAGCGCGGUAAAGGCGGGAAAACCGGAUUUUGUCUAUGGAACUCUUAAAGUUAAAAUGGCGGCUUUUUGUUGUAUUUUUAUUUUUUGUAUAUUAUCAAUAUCAAGUGUUGAAUACUUUGGUUGCGCUUAAGUAAUUGAAUUAUCAUUUUUACAGGUAGGUAAUUUACCUACCAUAUAGGUAGUUUUACUGUAUUAAAAUGAACAGACAGCUUAUUUACUUAAUUAGAAAAUGAUGAAUAAGUAUUAACUUAUAAGUUCCAUAGAUACAAUUUAGGUGUUGCCUAAUUAUAGAUUUCAUAGGAUAUUUAAUUAAAAAUUAGUGUUGCUUUAUUGUGAUAUUACUACCAUACUCCUGUGCGUUAGAAAAAUGAUUUUUUCUUUUGACCAGUGUUUUACGAAAUUUUAUUUAGCAUUUUGUAAAUAUUUAUCCAUUUCCGUUGUGAAUUAUGGCAGACUAUUCUUAUUUAUUUACGUAGUGUUGGUGUUUGUUUUCUGUAUUAUUAAUUAUUAACCUUCGAUGCAAAAAGGAGGGUAUUAUAAGUUUUAGGCUAGUCUGGAACUAAACAAUGUUUGCAAAGAAACGAAUGACCCGUGAUCAACUUGUAAAUAAAGAGUAAAUAAAUACUGACAUACAUUUAUAUACCUAAUGGAAAUAAAUUGAAUUUUUAAUAAUGUUACUUCUACUAUGUUUGUAAAGUACUUAUACUUGAACAUGUAUUUCAACCUCUUUUUAGAAUUCUAAAUCUUUUCCUUUUGAAUUAUGAGUAUGACAAAUACAUUUAUAACUGUGAAAUGUGUAAAAUAUAAUUUAUAAUAUACUUAGGACGAUGCUUUUGAAGUAUACAUAAUACAUUGUAUGCUAAAAAUAUUAAGUUUAGGAUUAAGUAGAUAGACCUAAUUUUAGACAAUUAUGCUCAGCAGGAUUUGUUUAUUUUUGCGGUGCGUUCAAUUUAGAUUCGGCACUUUAAAAAAUACCUUGAGAACCUCCUCCUUUUUUCUAAGUCGGUUAAAAACUGUUAUCGGUAGAAACUAUGUUAAAAAUGUCGAAUCUAGGCUGGACGUAUGGCUUUAUUAGCAAUUUUAUUUCUAUAAAAUCUUGUCCAUUUUAUUUACAUACAGUGACUUAUUGAUUGAACGUCCAUCUAUUUUUAAAAUAAGCAGUUUAAACAGGCUGAAAAUACAACCGUCUUUGUCCGAUGUUGUAAAGUGGUAUACUAAGCAGAAAGGACGACUUUUGGUAUAUAUCACUUUAGCAACACAUUGUACAACCACCGCAUAACCGAGAAAAGGUGUAGGUAAGUGAAAGAUAUUAAUAAGUCCAGUGUUUUCAGUCUGUUUAAAUUUCCGUAAAAAUAUUUGAUAAAAAGACUUUUUAUCUAUUGGCUUGAUUUAGCUGUUAGUUUUGUAUUUCGGCGAUCUUGACCAAGUGUAGUGUUAAAAUGAUAUAUUUGCUCAGCGAUCACACAAAUUAAUAAAUUAUGUAGUUUUUGGACUUUGCCACGUGCAGGGUGUUGCAAAAUGAGUAUACAAAGCCAAGUCUAAUAGUAAUAUACCGAUCAACAACGUCUAUCUUAGACGAAUAGUUGCAUAAACCGGAUUUUUACGUUAAGAGUAUUUCCUGUUCGACCUGGACCUCGAGUGCGAGUUUUUUCACCAAUCGAGAAGUGAAAUCGAAACGCUUCUCGAUAGGUGAAAAAUCUCGCUCUCGAGGCACUGUUCGACAAUUCGGAUGCUACCCAUAUACCUACUUAGAUAAAAAACGAGAUCUGAGAGCCGAGAUCACACUCAAUAUUCAUAUCGGUAUCAGACCUAGCAUACUCUUGACGCGAAAGCCGCUUAAAGAUCUCUAUUUGGUUUCACCCUGACUUAGUAAAAGUUAUUGGAAUGUGGGUUUAAAAUGUCUAGGAAAUGUUACUCAGCUCUGUUCCACGAUUAAAUGCAUUUAAAGUCCAUAUUCCUGUGUAAUGUAACCUUAAUUUAUUAAGAGUAAAACGAUAUUGAAAUGUGUAAAUAUGAAUACACAAUAGACAGAAAGUUCCUUGGGAAAUACGAAAUGGUUUAGGUUCGAAAGGUAUUUGUUGCUCUUAGGCUCUGCGUACCACAAUGUUUGAGAAAGGUUUGGAAAUUCCUAGUAACAUUAUAAAGUUAUCCCCUUAUUAAUGAGAAACUUACUGGACGCUUUAGCUAUUGCCCUGUUUUGUCACUCUCUGUCAAAUAACAAAUUGUUCACUGUCAGAGAGUGACAGAACAGUUCAAUAGCUAAAGCGUCCUGUAACUUUUUUUUAUGAAUAAGGGGGUUAUAAUAUUAGUUAAGUAUAUCACACAACCUUUAUAAACUUUGGCAAUCUUCAAUCAGAUAUAGACAAUAUAAUAGAUUGUAAAAGAGGCAUGAAGUCUAUUUUUCAAAAGAUGAGGUGAAUAAAAUAAUUUUACAAUGCAAUAAUGAAAAGAUUGACCUUAAAUUAUAUGAUCCAAAGGGGAAGAAAACCAAGUGAAACUUUAGCAGCACCAGCGAGUGUGCCUUUCUAGUUCUGACCAAUUACAUUGAUGGGGAGAAAAAAUGGUUACUGAACUAACCAAUUAGAACUGGGGAAUAAGGCACAGUCGCCUAAGGCGCCAUCUGUAAUUAGCUUUUAGUUUUUCUCCCCAUUGUUAGCUUGGAUUCAAAAUACCUGAUUCCUACAUGGUGGUAUGCAACCUGAAAUCGUGGAAGAUUAUAUAUAUUAUUAUAUAUACAAGAAUUGCAGCUUGUUUUGUGAUAUUUCAACUUUCAAACUAAGUUUCUGAAUAAUUGAUUAGUUUCUUAAGUAAACAGAAUUGAAUAUGUCAAUGCUUGCCUCCACAAAAAAACUAUUGUUUUAAAAACUAAAUAAUAGAGAACUGUAGCCCAAAAGACUAUUGUAUAUAAUAUACUUAGCUGGAUAAUUUAUAUUAUAUUACCGUAUUUUGUAAGUAUAAACGCAUUUUUAAUACAAGACGAAAAGUAUUAAUUUUUAAAAUAACCAAGAUAAUAAAUAGGAAUAGAUUAUAUGAAAAUUUAAUACUUAUAUAAAAAGAAAGUAACACAAAAGUUUUGACUUUGGUUUCAGCAAAUUUAAAUGGUAAGUGCACACAUUGUUAUAAAAAAAGUAAAUUCACAGACUAGCUAAUAAGUAAGGCAGCUUUUUAAUUCGAUUAAAUUGAUUUUCUAAAGUAAAGACACAAUCAAAAUGUGAAUACAGUGCACUAACAAUUUUAUGUAAAAAAAAACUAACUUUAAAGUAAAAUACUCUUUGGAGAUUGUAAUAUUUGCUUGUAAAUAUAUUUGUUUCUUUUCGGCUAUAGAUGUUAAAUUAAAUUGAUGUUUUUGGUAAGUUUAAAGGUGCCAAUUGGCAACGGGCAAUAUGAGCUGGCAACGUCACUGCUGUGUAAGUAAAAACUAUAAAAAACACGUUUUCUCGCAAACACAAUGGCGCCCCUAGCGGAAAUUAUCUCGAAACUUUUGGCAAACAAAGAACUUUCGAUUCGUAAAUUACAAAACUCGUAACUACUAGAGCGUUCUAUCGACAAAUUAAUCGCAUUGACAUACAUCUGAACCAGUAUAAUGACGUUGCGACACAGCCCCACAUAUCGUUUCGCUGCCAAUUGUCACCUUAAUACGUGAUAAAUAUGAUUUGUAUCGUAUUCCGUCACUUGAUGUGAGAACAUCAGCUGAGUCUGGCUAAAAGCAGUGAUUAGCUUCAUUUGUUUGAUUAAAAUACGCCGCCAGAUACGAUUUGUAACUAUUAAUGUGUAAGCCUAUUAUUAUAUUUUGAUUACUGAAAUAUAUUUGAAAAUCAAA